UGCUGAGCUGAGGGUGCCAAAUGCAUGUCUGAUGCUGAAUGAGCUCAGUUUCCAUGUGUGACUGAAGGCGUCUUCAGUUUUUAAAGAAAAAUUUAAAGCUUUUCUUCAGAGGUCACUAAAACUUUUAAUUGUUACUGAGUGCCUCAGUUGGGAAGAUGAGAAAUAGGGGUUAUUCCAUCAGUUCUGCUAAGAAGUCAGCUCCCUUGGACCUCCUCUCUCUCGGCUAUCAUCUGGUAGGGGCCAUUCCAGCAGAACGGGUCUGUGUUGCCAGGCUAGAAGAUGAGCAUCAUGGAUGGGAGAAUGGUUCCACCGCCAGUUAAAGAUAAUUCCCCAGUCUUGGACAAAAGCCAUGGGCCACAUCCAGUGAAGAGAACAUGUCUCCCCAUUUCAAAACUAAAGAUAUUCCUUGGGGCACUAGCCUUUUCUUUCUUCGCCAAAGCGUUAUCGGGCAGCUACAUGAAGAGUGUGAUGACUCAGAUUGAGCGGAGAUUUGAAAUCCCAUCAUUCGUGGUUGGUCUGAUUGAUGGAAGCUUUGAGAUAGGAAACUUACUGGUGUUGGUCCUGGUGAGUUAUCUUGGGGCAAAAGUUCAUCGUCCAAAGGUCAUUGCGGUUGGAUGCCUCAUCAUGUCUUUCGGAUCAUUUGUAUCGGUGGUGCCUCACUUCCUAAUGGGGCAUUACAAUUACAAAAGCAUUGCCGUUUCUAUGGUCAAUUCUUCCACAAGUGUGUCGGCUUGCUCUGCAACCUCUCCUUCCCACCACCCUGUCGACAAUGUGGAAACUUCUCGAAAUGCAAGUGCUCUGGGAUGUGAAAAAGUGUCGAGUUCCUACCUGUGGAUCUUUGUGCUUGCUGGGAACGUUCUCCGUGGAAUUGGUGAAGCGCCCGUGAUGCCACUUGGGCUGUCUUACAUCGAUGAUUUUGCCACUGAACAAAACUCGGCCUUUUACAUAGGAAUAGUGAGAUCACUGGGGAUGUUUGGACCUUCCCUUGGUUUUCUGCUUGGAGCUUUCUGUGCUACCCUGUGGGUUGACAUUGGAUUGGUAGACACUGAUACAUUGACAAUAAAUUCCAAGGAUGUGCGCUGGGUUGGUGCCUGGUGGCUUGGAAUACUGAUAUGCGGAGCAGCCAGCAUUGUGGCCUCCUUCCCAUUCUGGUUCCUGCCUCACUCCUUGCCAAAACAAGGAGAGGAAAGCAUCACUGAGAAGUCAAGUGAAGUUUACGGAAACACCAAGGAUAGCCACAGCAAAAUGAAGUCUCCAAAACUACCAGCGCUGAAGAUCUCGGAAGCAGCAAAAGAUUUUUUCCCCUCUUUGAAGAAGCUACUUGGAAAUUGCAUAUUCCUGGUCUAUUUGGUCCUCAUUGUCCUACAUUACAAUUCUUUGGUUGGCACUAUGACUUAUGAGCCAAAGUUUAUGGAGCAACAAUUUAACGUAUCUAUUUCAAAGGCCAUCUUCUAUAUGGGUGUGCUCAUUUUACCCGCUACAGUUGUGGGGCUUUUCCUGGGAGGUUUGAUCAUCAAGAAGUUCAAGUUGCACAUAACAAGUAUUGCAAAGUUUGCCUGUGCCACUUUUCUGAUCACCUACCUACUUAAUUUGCUUUACUAUACGUGCGACUGUGACGUGCUCCAAGUGGCUGGUUUGUCGGUCAACUAUUCUGGCGAAAAAGAGCCAUUCUUCUCUAAGGGAGUAUCAUUGGCACCCUGCAAUUCUGACUGCAGCUGUGAUGCAAGCCACUGGGACCCUGUUUGUGGAAGCAAUGGCAUCACCUACGUGAGUGCGUGUUUAGCUGGAUGCAAAGCUUCACAGGGAAGUGGAAAAGAUAUGGUCUUUCACAACUGCAGUUGUGUGGGAGUUUCAGGACCUGCUAAUGUCUCUGCAGUUUUGGGUCAAUGCCCAAGGGAUAGUUGUACUAAAAAAUUCCCUUAUUUUUUAGCUCUGUUGUGCAUGAUUGCCUUUGUUUAUUCCUUGGGAGGAACACCGAUGUACAUGAUUAUGUUCAGAUCAGUUUCUCCAGACUUAAAAUCCUUUGCUGUUGGCAUUGAAGCUUUCUGUGGAAGGACACUUGGAGGACUUCCAGCGCCUAUUUAUUUUGGAGCUUUGAUCGAUAAAUCCUGCUUGAAAUGGGGCGUGAAAACCUGUGGGGAAUCAGGUUCUUGCAGAGUGUACGAUACACAUUUGUUCAGGAAUGUCUAUCUGGGGCUCGUUCACUCGCUGAGGGGUGGAUGUUGCCUCCUGUACAUAAUUCUCUGCAUUUUAAUUGUGAAACGAUUCAAACGAGAUGGGAAAGAAUUAAUGGCGACACGAAAUACUGAAGUGUCCCCCAUCAAGUUGCCAGUGGUUGGCCUGAACAAAGGAGAGUCCUCUUGUGGAGAGACCUCAGCCAACGGCGACACCCGCUUGUGAAAAGGGAAAUCUGACUUGGACUGUUGCUCCUGUGGCUACUGUUUGCACACUCAGGAGCUAUCUGAGUUCCUGACCAUGCCAAAGCCUCAUUUGACAACGAGGACUAGAUACAUACAGCCUUAAGUCGGAUAAUCGGCAAUAGCACCUGUCGGCGAUAGCACCUUUUGUCUCGAGCAGAUCAUAUAGAAAUAGCAGCAAUCACCUAGAAGAGGAGCAGGGACAAGAGGGGACUGAAUCCAGCUCCCUUCUUCUGGGAGGCUGAUGGUGUGUUUGUCAAUGAGCCAACCGGGACUGUGAUGCAGCUGCUUGAUCAGAUUUUGUAAUGUCAAGAAACUGUACACAUGGCACCUGUUUACAUGUGGCUUUCCUCGUCCAGCUGGGCUUAUGGAAGCUGGAAAGGGGGGAAGUGUCUUAAAACACAGAAGAGGGACAAAUAUAAAACAUUUAUUUAGGAACAUAGAACGCUGCCUUGUACUGUGUCAGACCAUUGGUCCACCUAGCUCAAUAUUCCUACACUGACUGGCAGCAGCUCUCCGGAAUUUCAGGCAGGGUUCAUUCCCAACCCAAAUGGGGAUGCUGGGGAUUCAUAGAAUAGUAAGGUUGGUAGGGGUCUAUAAGGCCAUCAAGUCCAUUCCCCAUUGAACCUGGGACUUCCUGUGUGGAGAGCAGGUAUUCUGCCACUGAGCUAUCACCUUUCACCAGAUUUGACUCAACAAUGUUGCAAUGUGACCAGAAAGAGUGGGAAAGCUGUAUGUCUCUUAUUACCCUAAGGAGACGAUGGAUAGGAUUCUGCAGCCUUCUAUUUCUAUUCUGUAUUUCUCCCUGCUCUCAAACACCCAUUAUGAAAUGGAAAAAUGGCAUUUUCUCAGUCUCUCCAAACAACAUCUGUACAUGUGGGGUUCUUGUUUAAUUUUGCCACGGGGCGGGAAUUCAUUGCACAAACUGAUGCCAUUAAUUGGAUGGAAAGUGGUGUGUGUGUGUAUGGAGGCUGACUGGUUAUUGUGAAUGAAUGGGUUUGUCACUGAGAGUCAUGAGGUGCGACAGGUAUGCAAAAUAAGGUGUGCAUUUAGCCCGCUUUUUCUCCUCCCCGAACUACCUUGCAUGAGAGUUUCUCACCCCAACCAGACUGGGUGGGCUUUGGUAUAAAGAAGGAAAGGGGGAAUUAUUUGCACUAAAAGAACAGCCUUCAACAUCCAAAACAGAAUCUGCCAGUUUACAGUGGCAUCCCUUGCUAAUGACACUGUUUCAGAGGGUUAGUGAAAUGUUGCCACAUUCAUUUUUUCCCUUAAAAAGGGGAUUUUAACAACCGCAUUGGGUUUUUAUGUUAAAUAUAUGAAUAUACAAAAAGAGAAAGGCAGCCUGUAACAAAACACAGUGAGUGAUACCCAAUUAACUCAUGCUCAGAACAGACCCACUUAAAUUAAUGGACAAGUCCACUGAUUUCAGUGUAACUAGAAUCCUAGGAGAGUUGGAAGGGGCCAUUGAGUCCAUCCCCAUGCUCAGUGCCAGAAUCCAAGUUAAACUAACAUUAGAUAUCAUCCAAUGCAUCAUUAUAUGCACAAGUAGCACCUGAAAAUAUUCAUGUAAAGAAUAUAUCCAAGGAAAAACAAAUCCCUACACAACAAAUAAAAAUCCCAUUGUUUCCUGUGUUUUUUCCUCCCUGACAGAACAAGUUAAUGAAAGGCAUGCCUUCAGACAAGAUGGAUAUAUUCAUUUGGGGAGAGGGAGAAAGUGUUUCCUUCCUAAUCUUACCAAUUUAUGUGUGUGUUUGUGUGUGUGUAUUCCACAUCAAUUUGAAACUAGAGCCCUAUUCAAAUAUUUAAUGAUUAUCCAUGCAAAUCAGUCUCUUGGUUUGAUUAUCAUCCCACAGAAGUGUGAUGUUUUUCUUUUUUAUUUGGAAGGGAGCAUUUUCCUGCCCCAUUCAAAGCAUUCUCCAGAGAUCAUUCGUGAUAAUUCAGACUUGUUACAGUAACAAGAAAAAAUGCCUUUCUUAUUUACCUCGAGCCAUAUAGUGCCAUGGUUUUUCCCAUUUUGUCAAGAAAUACUUCCAUUUCCCGGCAAAUUACCAGAAUGUGCUAAAAGCCCUCAAAGCAGCCUAGCUUCUUAGGACAAGAAGGUCCACCAUACAGACAGGUGCUUUUAUUUCUUCUUUGUUUGGGGUGGGGGGGAGAUGUUCUUUAGGGAAGACAUUGAGUCAGAUAAUGAGAGGAAUCCCCCUCUAGCCAGGAGAGAUAACUUCUAUAGCUUUUAAUGGGGAGUGGAUUAACAUGGUAAUGCUUAAAAAUGGGUUUCAAGUAUUGUCUCUGAUGCAGUUAAGAUUUACUCUGCAAAGCAGCCUUUCCCAACCAGUAUGCCUCCAGAUGUUGUUGGACCACAAUUCCCAUCUUUCCUAACCAUUGGCAAUGCUGGCUGAGGCUGAUGGGAGUUGUGGUCCCAACAACAUCUGGAGGCACACUGGUUGGGAAAGGCUGCUGUAAAGUAUAAAAUGAAAUCACUUCCUAGUUACUCAGCUGGCUGCAUACCCUGCGCAAGCCAGCUCUAGCAAAAUGAGUUUGAAAUUCUCAAAUGGAAGUCCUUUGGGACGUGUUUCAACCCUUUUUUAUUUUCUUAGGAUAUACAGAGCCGCCUUAUACUGAGUGAUUGGUUCACCUAGCCUAGGGAUACAGAUAGCAAGAUGAACUAAGUGAGAUGAUCCUUAUAACUAGUAGGAACUGGGGUUGAACCUGGGACCUAAUGUACACAAAGCACUUGGUCUGAGUUGUGGCCCCUCCGUCAAGGAGACAGGAAGUUGCUAGAGGAAGUAGCAGGGUUUCCCUGACUCAUCCCCGCCCAGAGCGAAGGACACCACUACGCAUCACAGAGAACGCAGGAGGACUGUCCCAAAACAGCAGCCCUAGAUUGAAUUUUCCAUAAUAAGGAGUAGCAGUGUUUGCCCACGAUUUCUCCAUGUUUGGCAUUUCACUGCCCCCACUUCACAAAUCAGGAAAUUGAAGGAGUGGUAAGUGCAGGAGUGGUAAGUGGGGAGAACACCCACAGGUCAUGCCUCUUAUGCCAUAGCCUGAUUCCCCCACAGAGAGGAGUCCUAUGCACAUAUCGGUAGCGGACAGAGUGGUGGGGCAGAGGUGCUUAUGUGACCUCAUUCUUGCUUACCGGGAGGGGGAGGAGAAGGGGCAAAUCAGUGGGGAGGAUUGCACAGUGCAAACACUGAGGAAUGGUAAAAUAUAGCAUGGCUUCAGUUCAGUUCCUCCAGCAUAAAGCAGGGCUGCCUCUUUAGAUGAAACUUUCUUUGUUCUGCUCCUAGUAAGCAGAUGAACUUUAUAAAUACAAAGAAUAAAAACCUUUUGGACAAUGUGCAAAA